AUGGCCCCUAAAACCUUCGCCGACGCUUACGGUGCCGAUUUCAUCGAAUCCUGGUCCAACCUCACUCACAUUAAGAAACCCGUCAUUGGUGCUGUGAAUGGGUAUGCUUUGGGUGGUGGUUGUGAAUUGGCUAUGAUGUGUGAUAUCCUUUACGCAUCGAAGACUGCAACGUUCGGCCAGCCGGAAAUCAAAUUGGGGAUUAUCCCUGGUGCGGGAGGAACACAGCGCCUUACUCGCGCAGUAGGCAAAGCAAAAGCUAUGGAAAUCAUUCUCACGGGUGAAAACUUCUCGGGCGAGAAGGCUGAGCAGUGGGGUUUGGUCGCCAAGUGCUUUGAAGAUGCAGAUGCUUGUGUGGAAGGGGCUUUGGAUACAGCGGCAAAGAUUGCAAGCUACUCCAAGAUCGCGGUCAAGGCUUGCAAGGAGGCUGUCAACAAGAGUCAGGAUUUGGGUAUUAGAGAGGGUGUGGAGUAUGAGAGAAGACUUUUCCAUGGAUUGUUUGGAAGCCAGGAUCAGAAGAUUGGCAUGAAUGCUUUUGCUAAUAAGAAGAAGCCUGAGUGGACGCAUUCGUAG